CCCACGUGUGGAGUGUAUGAGAGAUCCGGGCUGAGGUUCAGGGUUUCCGCGUUGUACUGGGUGACAGAAGAGGAGCAGCGCUGACAGGCCUGUAUUUCAUCCACAAUGUCAACAGCCAAAGAAAAAAAACAUGCCAGACGGAUGAGAAAUCAGCCCUCCAAUGUGAGCCUUGAUCAGGGUGGCAGGACACCCCAGGGUGUUGGGCGAGGAGCUUUUCAGCCACAUAGAGGUAAUAAUGGAACCUGUGGUACCUCUGGGCAGCAGCAGAGAGGUCCAUACCAAUCACAGGGGGCUCACGCUGGAGGAGGCCGAGGAAGAGGGGACUUCAAUGAAGGACCUCAGAUCCCUAAAUAUAUUACAGCAACAAUGUUUGCUCAGGCCAGAGCAGCAGAAAUAAAUGCCAUGGUGAAGGCAGUGUCUCAGAAAUCCUCCAACUCCUUGGUGUUCCAAUCUCUUCCCCGACACAUGCGGAGACGUGCCAUGGGACAUGACGUUAAGCGAUUACCUAGAAGGCUGCGGGAAAUGGCUAAAAGAGAGAUGGAGAAAUCUGUGCACCAGAAGAAAGAACAGUCUAAAAGCAAGUGUCGCAAAGCUCGGAGACGCCAUGGGAACCUUCAGUUGGAGUUUAAUCGCAGACAAAGGAAGAACAUCUGGCUGGAAACUCACAUUUGGUUCACAAAGCGCUUCCACAUGGUGAAGAAAUGGGGUUACUGCUUAGCAGAUCGGCCUACAAUGAAAAGCUACAGGGCCUGUUACCGAGCCAUGUCCAAUCAUUGCCUUCUGCAUGACUUAUCUUAUCUCUGCUGUGUGGAAGUAAUGGGCAAAGAGGAAGAUCUACUGAAGGCCUUGUCAAGGCUUUGCAGCAUAGAAACGGGUCCAACCUUUGCCGCUGUGCCUUGUCUUUCUGGGAGGAGGCAGGGCUCCCUGGUGCUAUAUAAAGCUGAUAAAUACCCUGCUGGAGCUUUGGGGCCUAUUAACUUUAUCUGGAAACCCAAAUCUAUCCCAGAGUCCUCGUGCGAGAUACGGCAGUUGUGGAUAUGGAUGCAUCCUACUCUGAAAAAGGACAUAUUGAAGGAACUAAGACUUGUGUGUGUAUGUGAGGAGAGACCAGAUAAUACCAUAUGCACUCCAGCACUGCCAGCUGAUCCUCCCGGGGAGGGGAAACCAGCAACUGUGAAAACAGCAGGCAGGAAGAGGAAGGUGCGGGAUAAAGAAGGGGAGAAGGCUGUGCCAGUGAAAAAGAUAAUUGGUGAUGGAACAAGAGACUCUCCUGACCCGUACCAGUGGACAUCCACACAUACAUCCAUCACAAUUCGGGACCUGACUAUGGAAAUUGUACGGUAUCGUCUUGUUGGCCCCCUUUCUCAGUGUGUACUCAGUGAUGCUCUGCACCCAGCCCCUAUGCAUAAAAAAAGUGAAGAUAGAGGACCCCACUGUUGGUGGGAAGACUACUGUCAGAAUUCAGAUAAUAAUCUCCUUCAUGACCAACAGAGCUCCUUCUUCCACUUACUGCAAGGAAUAGCCUCGCCAGCACAGGUCCCACCAGGAACCAUUUUGGGUCUCACUGUUGGAGAUCCAAGAAUUAAUUUACCAAAGAAGAGGACCAAAUCUCUGCCAAAUCUCCAGCAUUAUGAAGAUGGAGGAAAGGUGAAGUCACUGACAGUGGAUGGUGUCCCAGCGGAGUGCUCUCAAAGUCUCAUAUGGUCAUCUGAUAAUCGCUUUCAAGUAACAGAUAAUAAAGUAUCAGAACAGGAAAUCAACCGUUUGAGGAGUAAGCUUCUGGUACCUGGUUCACGGCUGGAUCUUGGCAAUAAGGAAUCUAAGAUUCCUAUCCUAAUAAUUCAGCACCCUGGAAAAGCCACAGGCCGAGACCGCCUAGGAUGGGGCAGUGGCUGGGACAUCUGUCUACCGAAAGGCUGGGGCAUGGCUUUCUGGAUCCCUCUGAUUUACCGAGGUGUCAGAGUUGGAGGUUUACAGCAAGCAUUGCAGCACUUCCAGUAUAUGGGCGCAUCACAUGUUCCUGGGGACUUCCCUGACAGUCUGGCUGGGGUUCAGUCUGCACUGGAGAAAGAGGCUAAGCUGGUGGAAAAAUUUACCAAGCGCCCACCUGCAAAGAGAACAAACUUUAUCAAGCAUGGAAUUCUGGCACCAUUUCUGUGCCCCUGGGAACAGCUGACCAGAGAGUGGGAGACACGUGCUGGAGCAGAUGGAUCUGGAAAGGAGGAGGAAUGCAGAACUGAAGCAGAGGAAAAGGUAGACACAUCAGUAGAGAAGAUGGACCAUGGAUCAGAAGCUGGGGCAGAGCUAGACACAUCUCUGCAGAAGAUGGACCAUGGAACUGAAGCUGGGGCAGAGCUAGACGCACCUGUACAGAAGAUGGACCAUAAAACUGAAGCCAGGGCAGAAAACAAAAAGAUUUUGAAAAUGCUGUCUGCCUUUUUUGAUCUGCAUGAAAGAAAAGUCGGACACCCACCAUCUCUGGAACUGUCAAGUCUGGUGAACCCUGUUCUAAGAGACUUGCCAAGGUCAUUGGUGUGGGUCAGACUGUCUAUGAUGGCAAAGGGAAGUCCAGAGCUCCAUUCGCUGAUUUGCAUUCCAUCUCAGGAAGACCUUGUCCAGCUGAAAAAAGACAAGUUGUUUGCGGGCCCCCAGGAGCCCAAGCACAGCGACCCUUUUAAGCGUAAAAUAGUAAAACAGAAGAAGGAGCAGCGAAAGCAGAAAUCCAAGUCUAGGCGUGGUGGCUCUGAAAACAUGGAGACCAAUGUGGAUCGCUCGGGCGAUGGUCAACUGACACUGGGAAUGUGGCCUACUCCUAUACCGGAGGUGACCACACAUUGCAGUAGGCUCCUCCUUGGCUAUGUUACGCAGGGUGACUUCUCCAUGGCUGCAGGAUGUGGAGUUGCCUUAGGAUUUGUUAGUUUAACAGGCCUGUUCCACUUGUUACAGCAAGCUAGUGAUAAGAUUGGAAUUGUGCUAGUUAGAAACCCUUCCUCUCUCCAGUACAGAUUUGCAAGGCUGACCGUUGAUACAUAAACAUAAGAAUCUAUCCUUGAACUUUCAUAUAGAAGUGAAUCUAAGGCACCG